AUAUGAAAUUCCCCAAAGUAAAAGCCUCUCAUAAACAACCUCGCUUGCCUCCGCCCAAGCUCAGUAAACAACCCGCUUCGCCGAUAGAAUAGCCGCAAACUGGUCAAAGACACUCCUUCCGAAGAUACCAUCUCUGUGCAGUUCAUUCGUUAUUGGAGUUCAGCAAUGUCAGCUCCUAAAAUAAUUUCUGCUCUUGCGGGGUCAUUUGUAAUUGCUUAUGUUUGCGACCACCUUAUGGCUGACAAGAAGAUUUUUGGAGGUACAACUCCAAAAACUGUUGCAGAAAAAGAGUGGUGGGAAGAGACCGACAAGAAGUUCCAGGCAUGGCCUCGGACGGCUGGCCCUCCAGUUGUUAUGAACCCAAUCAGCCGCCAAAAUUUCAUUGUUAAGUCGGCUGACAAUUGACAAAGUUCAUGCAGCCAUACGUUACCUUUGUCACUUCAUAAGAACAAACAAUUCUUUUUAAGCUUCAAACCAUGAAAUGUUUUGGAUCCGGAUGGUAUCCUUUGUUUUGCUUUUAUCUUGUAUGAUGCUGAUGAAGACAGUUUUGGAGUAGAUUGUAAUAAAUGUUUGUUGGUUUGUGUUUAUGCAAUGAGCUUUAAACAUUCAGACAGUGCAUCUUACUAUUACAUUUUGUAUU